UUUCAAAACAUUUUCUAAAAUGUAACAAUAUGGAACAAUGUACAUGUUCUCACUUUCAUUGGAAUAUUGUUUAUUAAAGGGUCUGACAUAGGUGAGCUGGUCAGUGCAAACAACUGAAGAACACAGACAACAGUUAAUGCCGAACUAAAUUUAAAACGGUCUAAUUUUUACCCAAACCGUGUGCACAAACCUCUGCAGGGAUCUAAAUGUCGACCCAGAGUCAGCGCUUCUGCUGUUUGCUACAUCAGUUUUUGUGGUUUUCAGGCUUCAAGAAGCAUCAUUAUGCCAACAAUAUAAACAUUGUUUUAGGUGUAUUUGAGUUAGCCAAAAACUUGACUGAAUUUUCAUAUACAAGCUGUUUUCCAAGGCUAUAGUAUUUGCCUGCAAACAACAGAUUUCAGGGAUCAGCGAGGCUAAUGCCUUUCACACCGCUUUGUCUCAACUCAAAAAAGUCACACAAGUAAAAGAUGACUUACCAAGCAUGGCAGACAAAUCAAAAAUCUCUAGAGCUAAAUGUUCUGAAACGGCUUCACUUUGGUGCCGGGGGCAGAGUCUGUGAAUUUACUCUAUUAGUGUCAUAGCCCCUUUAGGAGUUCAGAGGUCAAGAGUUCAUGUUUCCAUUGUAACGCCACCAGAUUUGAUAUAUAAACACUCGAUUUUAACUACUAUUAUUUUACACCUCAGACUUACAUUUAAAGACUGUGACUCUACUGUGAGUCAAAUUAAAGUACUAACACCAACACAUUUAACACUUUUGAAACUGCUAUGCAGGUAAUUUCCAGGCCGGACACAUGGCGGCGCUGUGGCAGCAGUGUCUGUGAGGCUCACAAAAGUGGAGCACAUUUUUAUUCUCGGGCUCAGUUGCACUGUUGCCUAGCAACAGCAGCAGCAUCUCAGAGAGAGGGGCGUCCCGUAUGGAGGGCGAUUAAUGCCAUGCACGGCUGCACACCAGCUCGUUCUCAUUAUUAUCACUUUGGAUGUUUGUCUUCAUCGAUGUGGGCGGGAACAGCGUGGCUGCUGCUCCGCCUUCUCCUGUUCACCCCACGUAGUGGGCAGAGUAAACUGUCCAAUCAGAAUUCAAAGCUAAGCUGUCAAAAACAUGAAUUCUGCCUGCAGGGAAUGAAGUAAUCAGAUUACACCACAGGCAGAUUUGUUACUGAUGGAAGACUCUUGGUGUCAGAGACUGUGAAGCACACCGAGAAUAAUUAAGAAAUAAAACUUUAUGUAAAUGUUGGCUCCAAACGCUGAUUUUGUAUCGAUACUGCAGGGCCAGCGUCCCUGCCGGCACCACCGCCAGCUUCACUGACAGCACCACCUAGCGUUACCGCUAGCUUCACCGACAGCGCCACUGCCAGCUUCACCGCCAGCUUCACGGACAGCACCACCGCCAGCGCCACCGACAGCAGCUGAUGCUGAAGAUGUCAUCACUAGAACAUCACUGCUUGCUUUAUUCAUUUUCAUGCACGCUCACACGUCUGCACUGCUGCUCUCAGGGUGCUGCCUGUUUGCCACUUCAUACUGCAGUGUGUCACUAAGCAGCCUCCAUACCUACAGCCUCACUUUUAAAAGCACACCGCGAAUCAGAGAGAGCAGAGAGCUGGAGGGAGCGCCAGGUCCUCCUGCUACAGACCUCCUCUCUGAACACCUCCUCGUCUGUGCUCGUCUCUGACACCAGCUGGACUUUAUCUCUGCUGUCAGCAUGUGAGGACGUGGAGCUAUCGCCUCUUGAUUUAGAGCAGGUGAGUCCGUAAGCUGAAGCGUGUUCACUGAAGCAGCUCUCAGGUGGUCUGGAAACUAUGACCUGUCAUUUCUGUGCAUGUGUUUUAGGACAUGUCUGUAAUCUGCAGCUGAUGCAGAGACUCUCCCCAAAUGGAGUCAUCGAGUCUUUGCUUAAAUUAAGAUUUUAAGCUUUUAAUAAAAGACCCAAACUGUCACUUUAACCUGGGGGGGUGGUGGAAUAAACUGAGGUGUGUCUGUGUUCUCCUCGAGUCCCGGAGGGACAUAUUUCAUAUUCUGCUGCUGGUUUGAUCAUCAUCAUCAUCAUCGGCAUCUUCCUGUAAAAAGGUAAAAGAUACAGAGCAGUGAAGCUGUCCUGCAGCUGUCAAAGCGACAUAAAGGCGUCGUGUCACAUCGUUUCCUCCAGCUGUGACCUUUUCCUGCAACACAAUGUUUUUUUGCAAUUUAAAUCCGCGCUUCACGCCGAGCUCUGAGUUCCUCCCAAACUCUAAAAAUAUAUUUAAAAAAAAACUUUAAAAUGUGAUAAAAUUGACACGUUGAAGGUGAAAGAAACGUGAUUCUGCCCAGAAACAGGAAGCUUUAUUUUACUGUUGGUAUUAUCUUCUUCAUGAAGCAUCAGUUUGACUUUCCUCAAAUGUGAUCAGUCGGCUUUAAAGAUACAUGCGCAGACUAGUUGUCUGCUCAGAGUCACACUGGUCUGACUGGUCUGAGUGUGCAGUCUGUAAGGGGGACAGGUCCCACUGCUGUAAUACUGCAGUACACCAAAGUACACGCCUCUGAUUUAAAUGAACUUCAGUGUGGGACCUUGUAGAACCGUCUUUGCUCUGUAACGUUUUGAUAACAGCACAUCUGUGUCCCAUACACCGCACUGCACAGGAACAGUCUGUUAACUGGAGUGCACAUCUGUAGGAACAUCUGUUUAUUUACUCAUUUUUCAUACCAUGUGGCAGUUUGGCCUCAAGCAUCAGCAUCUCCUGUCGCACACGUGCUCGCCAAGGCUCCCAGGGAGGGGUCAUAUCCUGGAGCAGAAGAUGUACCUGAAAUCCUGCAGGUUUGGUUGUUCAGAGCUUUAUGAGGCUCAGAGGUCCCUGCUCUAACUGUACUGGAGGUGUGAACUGUUGUCUGAGCACAGGAAAAUAAGUCGCUCUGUGCUGAGAGCGUAAAAGCUGCACAGCCUCAGUUUGUCAGACUACAGGUAAAGCUGCACCUGUGCGGGUCUGCCCGUUUCUCACCUGCUUCUAAAAAAAGCUCCCACCACAUCACCUGAGACAGGUGUUGCUGUGUGAGACGGCCACACUGGAACAUCAGCAGUGUUUCGUGGCAUGACUUUUUGACUGUCAGUGAGGCGUUGAGCUCAUUCUUAGCAUCUUUACUGUUUCCUUUCUUCCAGCUCCUGCUCUCUGUUCUUAGUAACCAAAGAGUAAUCAGGUGUUUACGGGGGAAAUACAGAGAAAGGUUUUUGGGGACUGACUCGCUGUUUUCUUUAACAAUCACAUACUGUCUCGAUACUCCAGCAGCAGGAUUAAAGUCGCUCAUGUUUAUUUAGCAGUUUCUAUUUAUAAACACGUCAAUGCUUCCUGACAGGAGCUGAUUCCACCAAUCGGCACGUGUUGUUAAGAAUUUAAACGUAAACAACAACCAGGCCCCUGUAUGCAUGUCAGUGUGCCCCCUGUUGGCCAAAGCUGUACUCUGUCUUCUCACCCCUGUGCUCCUCCAGCUUCUCCUCCAUCAUGAGCCUCUUCUCCAGUUCGAUGGCGGGUCUGGGGUCGGAGGUGUGUAGCGACACCGCCUCCCUGGUCUCUUUGGAGUCGAGCGUUUUCUUCAGCGAGCCGAUGGUGUCCUGCGUCAGAGACCCGCUCAACUUCUUUAUUGUCAACGUGGGCGGGAGUCGCUACGUGCUGUCGCAGGAUCUGCUGGCGUCCUAUCCGGAGACCCGUCUGGGGAAACUGGUCUGCUGCAGCCGAGAUUCGGCGCUGGAGCUCUGCGACGAUGCCGACUUCCUGGAGAACGAGUUCUUCUUUGACAGGAACUCCCAGGCCUUCCAGUACGUGAUGAACUACUACCGGACGGGUCACCUGCACGUCAUGGAGGAGCUGUGUGAGAUCUCCUUCCUGCAGGAGAUCGAGUACUGGGGCAUCGACGAGCUCCGCAUCAACCCCUGCUGCCGUGAGCGCUACUACCGCCGCAAGGAGCAGAAGGAGAGCCUCGAGGUACAGCGGGAGCUCGAUGCCGACGACGGGGACGAGGACUUUGCGGGCGCCGCCUGCCCGGCCGCUCGCCGCCGCCUCUGGGAUGUCCUAGAGAAACCAGAGUCAUCGCGUGCUGCUCGGACCUUCGGCUCACUCUCGAUGUUCUUCGUGGUGUUGUCGGUCAUCAACAUGGUGCUCAUCUCGCUGGACUUGGGUGAGGACUUUGGAGCGGGUGGCCUCGGCAUCGGCGCUCCACUGCUCUUCGACGCCCUGGAAUACGUGUGUGUCGUGUGGUUCACGAUCGAGCUGGCGCUUCGGUUCCUCUGCGUCAGGGACAAGUGCCGAUUCAGUCGGAGCAUUCCCAACGUCAUCGAUCUGCUUGCCAUCCUCCCGUUCUACGUAACUCUGGUGGUGGAGAACCUCCACGGAGGAUCCACCGAGCUGGAGAACAUGGGCCGUGUGGUGCAGGUGCUGCGCCUCCUGAGGUCACUCCGCAUGCUGAAGCUGGGCCGGCACUCGACAGGAUUGAAGUCUCUCGGUAUGACCAUCGCGCAGUGCUACGAGGAGGUCGGCCUUCUGCUCCUCUUCCUCGGUGUGGGCAUCUCCAUUUUUGCGACUGUGGUCUUCGCCCUGGAGCACGACCUUCCUGCCACCACCUUCACCAGCGUUCCCACCGCCUGGUGGUGGGCGACCACGUCUAUGACCACGGUGGGCUACGGGGACGUGCGGCCUGACACGGCGGUGGGAAAGGUGCUCGCCUUUCUCUGCAUCCUGUCUGGGAUCCUAAUCUUGGCGCUUCCCAUCGCCAUCAUCAACGACCGCUUCUCCGCCUGCUACUUCACCCUGAAGAUGAAGGAGGCAGCGAUACGACACGGCGAGAUGCUGAAGCGACUGGCCCGCGGCUCGGUGGGGGAGGCGGGGCCGGGCGUGAACCUGAGGGACGCCUAUGCCCGGAGCGUGCUGGAGAUGAUGAGGCUGCACGGACGGGAAAGGGCGAGCACAAGAAGCAGCGGGGGCGACGACCUGUGGUGGUAACAAGAACAGCCCCACCCCUGUGACCUCUGACCCCUCUGUGAAACACACACACGAUGACCCCAGCAGCAGCAGAGCCCCUGAUUGGACGAGAGGACGACAGCAGGAAGGUAGACCCAGAGAGACGAGUGUGAACAUGCUCAGACCGUCCCGCUGUACGUUCUGUGGGUCACGUAUGUGUCCAGCAGCCCAGAGAGCAGCGUGUUCCUGUUUAACUCAUGACUUUAUUUACAAAACACAUUUUCUCUCUGAACAUUAGGCCCACCCCCAAAGUAAAACAGUAUCUGAUUAUGAGCCUCAGCUUCUACUGAGCAUGUGCAGACCUGCCGGUGUUUGUUCAACACUUCAGCGAGCACCCCUGAGAGGAGGUGAAAUCAUCAGAGCAGGAGGUGCAGAUGGUCUUCCUCGUGGGCGGUCGGUGUAACUCUGCAAAUCUGAAUAUUAAUAAUCCCCCAGCUGAGCGCACUCAGGCUGGUUCUGAUUGGCUAUUGGGUUUGUCUUACACGCCUCAGACGUCUAGCAUUAAAUCUGUGCUUUGAUCUUAAGCUAUAUUCACACGUUUCCCUCAGAGGCAAUGAAACUCGUCUUCAAUCAUCAUCGUC